UUGACCCAAUAGAUUAGUUCAUCAGAGAUGCAUCAUUUUCAUUUUUCACCGUUCUGCUUCUCAGGUCUCAGGAAUUAAGUAAGAUGAAUGCUUACAAGGCUUACAAAGCAUGUGCUCCAAUAGCAUGGAGUCCCAACCUAUACAUUACGCUAGUGAGGGGCAUUCCAGGGACAAGAAAACUUCACAGGCGGACGUUAGAAGCAUUGCGUCUUGGAAAAUGUAAUCGAACAGUCAUGCGAUGGAACACUCCUACUGUCAGAGGCAUGCUUCAACAGGUUAAGAGGUUAGUUGUGGUCGAGACUGAGGAGAUGUUUAAGGCCCGGAAAGAAAAGCAGGCAAACCAAAGUGCGCUCCGUCCACCUUUGGUUGUCACCCAUCUUACGCAUCAUAAAAGUGAUACUACUCAAGCUUCUAUAUAAUUCAGCAAGUACAUGAGUUGAGUUGGACGUUGGAUGCUUUCCCAAACGGUAAUCAUUAUUAACAUUUUGUAUAAAUUUAUAAAUGGGUCUUUUGUACUUUAGAAUUAUUUAUGUCCUUAUUUUUCCUCUCAUCAGUUUUCAUGUGAGUGUGAACCACAACCUUAAGAUAUGCAUGCCAUCUUUAAUUUUCUUAUUUGUGCGAAAUAAAAAAUUCUGAUGCUUAAUGAUUUCUAAA